UAUAGAACUGCAAGAUAGUUGGUGAGCAAGUGAUGAUCACUAUGCAUGAAUUUAAAAAAGUGUUUCUUUCAUCUAUGCCCGCAAGCAUAGUAGCACUUUAUCUCCUACCUUUAGGAGUGUGUUCAUCUAAUGAAAACCAUCUCAUUAUCCCUCACAAAUUCAUCAAACAAGAUUUUGAUCAACACAAGAUGAAUUCCCGUCUUAUAUUCGAUAUAAAACUUCAUGGAAUUCUGUUGUGGGCUUCCAUGGGGUUUUUGAUGCCUCUUGGUGUAAUUAUAAUAAGAACAGUGAAUAAAGAAGAAUGCAGCCCCAGAAAACUUAAAGCAGUCAUAUACAUUCAUGCUAUUCUGCAGUGUGUCAAGGUACUUGGAGUGCUCCUUGCAUGUGCUGGAGCUAUCCUCUCUGUAAUGAGCUUCGAAAACUCAUUCAACAACACUCACCAGAAAAUAGGUUUGGCACUUUAUGCUGCCAUCCUGCUGCAAAUGCUGGUUGGGUUUUGCCGGCCUAACAGGGGAACGAAUAGGCGGACGGUUUGGUACGUUUUCCACUGGAUUUUCGGGACAAUGAUUUCACUAGUUGGGAUCUUGAACACUUACACAGGUCUAAAAGCAUAUCACAAAAGAACAUCCAUGAAUGCUAGGCUUUGGAGUAUACUCUUCACAGUUGAGGUCUCUUUCAUGGCAUUUUUCUACCUUUUCCAAGAAAAAUGGGAUUACAUUUACAUGCAAAAACAAGGAGGAACAAAAGUUGAUGAACCAGUCAUGGUGAUAUGUUCUGAUGAAGUUGACAAUCAAAAGGAGGUGUUAUCACGUCAAUCGUCAAAGAAUAGUCAAUCGUCAAGGAAUAGUAAUUCAUUAGGGAAUUACUUCGCCAAAAGCAAUGCCUUGAAGAAACUAUUUCAAGUAACUUAAAUAAAUAAACUUAUUCAUUAGGCCGGGCUUCUUUUCUUUUUUAUUUCAAUAUAUUCUUUUUCAUUUCUAGGUCUUCUAACUAUUUCAUAAGCAUUUCUAGUAGGUUUUAUAAACAUGUUUGACAAAUAGGAUGAAGGGUAGCAAACUCAAUGGAAUCUUUUGAGUUCGCUAGUCUAGCUCUAGCAAGCGAACUUAUGGUUCUCGAUAGAAUGAAGGAUCGAGUUUGCUAUUUUGACCAACGAACUCAAGGCAAGUUUGCUUGUCACCUUAGCGGCUGUGAGUCCGUAUUUGUCAAACAUGUUAUAAAAAAAAUCUAUAAAUGCGUAUAAAAUCUCUAGGACACCUAGAAAUAAAAAAGGUUUGUUUUCUCUACUGCACUUGGAAUUGCCAUAAUGUUUGAUUUUGGUAACUGUGUGUGUAGAUUUGUAUAUAUUGGAUAGUAGAGGUGAAGCUAGGAAGAACAACUUUUUGUGUCCUUUAAGAAAAGUUAAUAAGAUUGUAUAUGCUUGAA